UCUAAGUUUCUGACAGACAGUCCCUCACAAUACGUCAAAUACGUGAUAGUCUACUACAGUCACUAUCUGUUACAUAGCCGGCAUGAGGGGCAUCGUUUUCACCGUUCUGGGCCUGCUACCCUUGGUCUGUGGACACCCGUACUACAGGGACUAUAUCCCUAAUGGUUACGCCGUGUUUAAUCCUUGCGGCGCCAGUUACUGGGAAGCGGUAGGACACUAUGACCCUAACCAUCAUACUGUCAUGAAAAACCCAUUUGGUGUUGCUUUAAGUAACAACAACCAUAUUUGGAACGAGGCCCUGUGUCGAGCAGAUUCUGAUGGGGACGGUAAGACCAAUGGAGAGGAGUUGGGGGAUCCAAAUUGUGUGUUUACACUCGGAAGUACACCGUCUCAAGCCUCCUCGGGACAUCCAGACUGCGAGACCAUCUACAGCCAGACCUUGGCAUUUGCUAACGUUGACUGUGUGGAUAGUAUAGGUGGCAUUGUCAACGACUAUGUGGAAAAAGUGGUUAAUGAUGGCGACUGUGUCUUCCAAGCUGGGCCCGUCUUCUACAAGGGUUCCAUCAUCUUCGAAGGAACCAGCGGGGAAUACACCAUUCAUUUUUAUCUGUUCACUAAAACGAUGUGGAAUCAGAGCAUAAAAGACUUGCUGAAGAAAACCUACUUUAAAGCUCUGUUAAAGCAAUCAUCAGCAUUGUCCCUGAAAUCUGAGAGAUUGCUAGAACCCUGGAGGUGUGUUUUUCGUGGUUACAUGUCUGAGUGUUCAGACCAUAUUCAUGAAGUCAAAACGGUUGAAGAAAUGGAAAAGGUGAUGAUCACUACCUUCCUAAAUGGAGACAAGUUGUCCCGGUGGACGUUCAUGGAUAUACUGAAAGACAUGUACAUGUUUGAAGUGAGCCACGUGACUUUUCUAGCCCGAUGGGUCAAUUUCAUCGCAACGCCAAUUAACUUAAUUCUUAGCAUGAUGUUCUUAUCCCAAUUUUAUCUUAUCGGUGGUCGCCGCGAAAGCAUCAUCAAUUUGAAUGUCUCUCAUUUACUUAUCAUCGUACUUGUUGGAUCCUACAUGCGUUUAGGAACCAUUCGGAAAUGUGAACUGUGGGGGAUUACAGUCUCCAUCGUGCUUCUCUGUCUGUCCUUGACCGGAAGGUCUCUUUACAUCCGGGUGUGUGGAUACGAUUCUUGUCCGGAAGGGAUUUAUUUUUUACCUCUGGUGUUGGGUUUCUUCACAAGUCUGAUUCAGAUUUCAAGUGAUUUUCUGUAUACCGAUCCCAGCACUGGUGACAUAACUUUGGAGAUGCUGAGAGACAUGUUCUAUGGAUUCACCUUUGAUACGAGUCUGACAUUGGAUGAUCAACUCCGACAGGUUGUCUGGUUCUUCGCCUGGACAGUUCCGUCCACAUUUGUGUCAUGGGUACAACAAAUAGGAGUCCAGGUUGCCUUUGUAAUGACCAACAUUGGGUAUAGGCCUCCGGACGCGGAGACUUUCGUCAAAUAUCUCAAGAGAUGUGAACAAAACGGCUUGGACAUGUACCACAGGUUACCAAAGUCUUCAUGCGACAUCUCAAGAAUGGCGAUGACGUCACCGUGUGUUCAGGCAUUGAAGGAAUGUGGACUUUUGAGGAAACGAGAAAGUCUGACAACCAGGGAAACCCUAAAUCUCUGUGUCACCAUAAGACUCUGUUCAAUUUACUUAAGAAAAUAAUAGUGUUGGCAUAUAUUCUUCAACUUGCUUUAUCAACUUUUUACACGUACAAAUGCAACUGCUGAAAGUGUCAACGAAUUUCAUGUUGAAGUGGUGUUUUUUCCGAAUUACUUGCUAUCUAACACUAAGUUUUCUGUAUCUCUGUUUGAAUCCAUUUUCAUGAUACAGUAUAUAUGUAAAAGAAGAUUUUUAAAAAUCAAUAUGGUUUGUUCAAUAAAAUUGCCGCUUGGCCAUGGUUUACUUGUAUCUAA